AUUCAACCUGUUUACUACACUGAGUAUUCAAAAUCUACUCAUAUCUGAAAGCUUUCGUUUUCUAUAUAUAAAUUUUUUCAUUUUCUUUGUAACAAAUUAAUGUCAACGCUCGGGGAAACAUUUUGAAGGCUCUGUAAUAAAUCGGCAAAUCUCAUUCUCUGUCGCUGAAAUGUCUAAUGUUCUGCAAGCAAUUGGACGAAACUAUUUACGUCGGCUACAGCAUAGGCAACACAAUCAACUCAAAGUUAAAGGAACAUUCUUCAUACGUAAGUUUAGAAUUUCAUUGACGGCUGCUAACAAGGAAACCCCAAAUAGUACAAAGCCAAUUCAGAAAGAAAUGCGGAACAAAAGCAACAACACAAAUAAAAGAUUUAGCAGCAUACGCAACAAUAAUGCGGAAGCUUACCAAGUGUUGGCGCAGCCAUUUGCGGGACGGCAAAGUCUGCGCUCAACAUUAUUGUACGCCAAAUCCGCAAUGGAUUUACGGCUCAAUUUUUGUGUGCGUGCCGAACUCUCUCGCGCCCCGUUUAUCGUGCCCCUGUGCAACUACGACGGAAUACAGGCAACUGUAGGAUGGCGCGAUUCGCUUCUCUCAAUACCGAAAAAAUGGCUUUCCACUGCAGAGUCGGUCGACGAAUUUGGCUUUCCCUGCGCACUACCAAAAGUACCAGUCCCACCGUUGGAGGAGACCAUGGCUAAUUACAUACUUGCCAUAGAAGCUUUCACGACACCGGCAAAACUCGAAUGUACGAAACUUUUAGUUAAAAAAUUUUCAGGUCCAGAUGGUAUUGGCCAAAAAUGUCAUCAAUAUUUAAUGGACAAGCGUGAAGCUGAGGAUAAUUGGGCUUACAAUUAUUGGCUAAAUGACAUGUACAUGGAUGUUCGUUUGCCUUUGCCAAUCAACUCAAAUCCCGGCAUGCCAAUGCCACCGGUCCGUUUUACAACAGUGCAUGACGUGGCACGCUUUGCAGCACUCCUAUUGAGCGGCAUCAUGAAGCAUAAGGAACUACUGGACAGCGGCAAUUUAACCAUCGAUCGUGCGGGUUCGCGUGAGAAGAAUCAACCACUAUGCAUGGCACAAUACUAUCGACCGCUGGGUUCAUGCCGCAGACCGGGUUUGGAACGGGACACACAGUACAUAGUAGAGCGCGGCGAGAAAAGUGACGAACAUGUUAUUGUGGUGUGUCGCAACCAGAUGUAUUGUAUUAAUUUGAAAACCAGUAGUCGCGGCAGAAUAUCGGAGACUGAAAUCGCUUCAAAUAUCUUACAUGUACUCAGCGAUGCACCAUGUUUGCCAACUAAACCACCAAUGGUGGGCCUACUUACUGCCGAGGAGCGUACACGUUGGGCCACAAAUCGUGAUUUACUGCUGGAGAAUGAAGUCAAUCAGAAUAGUAUUUUGUUGAUUGAGAAAGCUCUAUGUAUGCUAUGUAUCGACGAACCGCUGCCGAAUACAUUCAAUGCUUACACAUUCACUGGCGCCACACCAACAGGUUAUUUAGUUGGUGAUCGCGAUGACACGAAUAUGUUGCACGAAAUGAUACAUGGCGGCGGUAGCGGUUACAAUUCCGCCAAUCGGUGGUUCGAUAAAGUCCUACAAAUAAUCAUCUGCACCGACGGUACUUGGGGUAUUAACUACGAGCAUUCCUUUUCAGAGGGCGAUGCCAUUGUGAAUGUCAUAGAAAAAAUCUAUAAGAAUUUAGAGGAAAAGCAAUCGGCAUGCAAUAGUGUACCGUCGGACCCAACACCCGAACGAAUACCAUGGGUCAUAACACCUCAAAUGGAUGAACGUAUUAAACAGGCCGCCGUCGCAGUCGACAAGGCGAUCGGGGACUUCGAUUUGUAUGUGUACCGUUACAAAGGUUAUGGCAAAAACUUCAUCAAACAAUGCAAGUGCAGUCCGGAUGCCUUCUUGCAGCUAAUGUUACAGUUAUCCUAUUUCAAAUUGUAUGGUCAUUGCGUAGCCACUUACGAGAGUGCUUCCACUAGGCGAUUCUUGUUGGGUCGAGUUGAUUGCAUUCGAGCUUCCCACAAAGAGGCACUCGAAUGGGCCACAGCCAUGUGUCAAGGCGAAGGCGCAAAUGUGCCAUUGGAGAGCGAGGGCGAGGAUGACGAUGCGCGUAAAGUCAAAUUUAGCAUUUAUAAUAAAGAUAAGCUCAAAGAACUUUUCCGCAUUGCCUGUAACCGUCAAACUGAAAUUAUGGUUCAAAAUAUACUAGGACAUGGCAUCGAUAUACCAUUGUUGGGCUUACGUGAGGCCAGUAAGGAAUUUAAUAACGGUCAGGUUCACGAACUUUUUAACCAUGAAACAUUUCAAACUGCCAAUAUUUUCUUGUUGAGCACAAGUCAGGUGGCUACAAAAUCGGACGCUUUUAUGGGUUAUGGCGCAGUGACGCCACGUGGCUAUGGCUGCUCAUACAAUCCACAUGCCGAUGAUAUUACAUUUUGUAUAUCGGCAUUUUAUUCCUGCGAGGAUACAAGCACCACUCGCUUUGCCAAAUCGCUGAAGGAAUCGCUGGACAUGAUGAAGGAUCUGAUGAAAGAUGAAACAGACCAAACAAAAUGAGGCAUAAGCGACAAAGAGUCGUGCCAACAACAAUUUACAGGUAGAUUGUUGGUAAACAGCUAAUAUACCAAGACAACCGUAAAAUAGCAAGCAACAAAGUAACAAAUAUACUUAUACAUAUCAGCAAGCGUACCUUAACAUUAUAAUGAACUGCGUUGAAAUUAGUUAAUUGUACUCGUAUUAUACCUAAAUAUAAUGUGUUAUAUAUACAUAAACACAUACAUAUAUAAUAUACCUCUAUAUGUAUGUAUGUACUAGAGAAAUUUAUGAAAUUGUUGAAAAUCUUAUUGUUAGUUGAAAAAAUAUUAAAAUAUAAAUAUUAUAUAUAUGUAUAUCUAUCGUAGGAAAGAGUGAGACUUAACAAAUCUCAAUUAUAUGUGUAUGUGUAUGCACAAGUAACAACUAUUUUCGUUGAAGAAAAAUUAGUAGCAAAUUAUUGCCUUUGGAAACAUUUGCAAAUAAAAAAGAGCACCACCAUUAAAUAAAAAAAAUAAAUUAAGUUUAUUUAUGGUACAUUAUAUGCAGUUGAUCUAUCUAUAGAUCUACAUUUAUAUAAGCAUAUUAUAGCUGAGUAUAGAAAGAAAAGGUUUUCACCAGCUCAGUUGCAUGUUACAUAACUGAUUUACUAGGAAACUCAACGACUAAAUAAUACUCAGAGUGUUAAAACAUCGGUUCAACCAAAUUAUACUAAAUAUAUACAAAUAAAUACAUACAAAUGAAUACACCACAUCUAGUUAUGCCGUUAAUCUCCAAUGUAGAAAACUCUAUUUGAACACCAUUCAUCGGCAUAACAGUAGAAUAUGAAAAGCUUAGGCUAGUGUGGUGUAAGUCUUUAUUGCUAUAAUCCACAAACAACCGAAUCCUGUAUUCAUGAAUUUAGACAAUGUAUAUAUAAAAAAAUAGGGCCGCAAAAUGCGAUGUUUUCGAUUUUCUAAAUUUAUCACAGUACAAUACUAUACUAUUAACAACUUUAUACCUUAAAGAGAACAUAAAGCUCCAAGCUAGAAUAAAAAACAAAACAGCAUUGUGUUCGACGAAAACUUCGACAGGCUUGCUCACCCCUUAAGUUUCAUUUUACAUUCGAUAUGAUCUUACCAGUUGUCACCAGUUCCGAACAAAUUCGGGUCAAGAGCACUGGCAGUGUUCGCACCUAUCUGCUGUUUAAAACAUUUUGUUAGCUCUAACUGGUUCUUUGGUUAUAGAAAAACUGUUUCUAUAUAUAUUUGUAUGUAUAUCUAAAUUCGUAUUGGCAAUAAUACAUCAAUAUUCUCUGAAAGUAUUUUACCAAUGGCUCAAAAGAAGUUUAUAUAAUCAAGCGAAAGUAGAAGCAUUAAAGCAAGUCGAGGCAAAAGCAACGUGAGUACGAACGCGGUUGCAAUUUAGAUCACAAAAAGCAUUAACUGCUUUUCAAUAAGUUCUCUAUUUCGAACGUAAUUUCGCAGAAAAAAAGUGUGUCUCAGUCGUUACUGCAAUCUAACUUUUUAUCAGCAAAGUAUUAUAUAUUGUAUGUAUUAUAUAUAUACUUCAAUAGGUUCCACCAAAAGUAGCGAAUGAUUACGUGAAGAAACUUGAGUAUUUAUUAAAGGAAAUGAUUCAGUUAUCUGUCAAAAAAUAGGUAGCAUAUAAUACUAACCUAGAGUCAAUUAAACGUACAAGUAAAAAAAUAUAUAAAUAUACAAACACACAUUUGCACAUAUACAUACAUACAUACCAAACUAAGCAGAUGUUUUUAAACUGUAUAUUAGGCACAAAUUGUUUAAUGCUUGUUAGCAGUUAUGUGCAUAUUUAGUUAUGUAUUAUACAUAUGUAGUGUAUAAAUGGAUGAGAAGAAACGCAACCCGAAACAUCAGUAUUAUUUGACUUUUGGCAGAUAAGGGCAAAGGCUAAGAGAAUACUAAAUUACCAUCGAGGUAACAUUUUCGACUAACUUUGAUCUCGACCUUCUAUCGAUCUAACCCCGCACAGGAAUACUGUUUAUCGAUUGUUUUAAUAUCUUCGCAGUAGUAGAUGAAGAUAAUACCACGUGAAUCUCAGUAAAAUAAUGGAUAAAACCUUGCUGGCCGACUAUUAUGUUGAGAUGCCAAUGAUUUACUCCAUUUCAUUUUACUGUCAACGAACACAAUUUCACGAAUUUUCACGCUGUUUUUUUUGGAUAUCAGUAUCUUUUGUAGCGCUCCUGCACGGUAAAUUAAACAAACACUAUUUUCUCCCAUUAGAUAGCAAUGAUUUGACCAAAUUUUUUAAUUUUUUCUUUUUAACAAAAUUUUUUUAGUAUUCCAAUUAAGGUUAGUACUCUAAGGCAAGGCUAGAGUUCUCACCAAAGGCCAAAGUUUGUUCAGCACAAAACAUUUUCUUUAGUGUUUUUCAUGUAAUACAUCUUUUCGUAAAAAGAACAUUUUAAUUAUAGUAUAUUAUAUAUUUCUUACUAAGUUAAGGAAGCUGUUUAAAUGACGAAAUUUUUUAUUCAUAUUCUAUAAUUAAUAUCGCACCUUUUCCUCCCUAUAUAUUUAGUUUUCAAUGCUGGUAGAAUAGCAUUGGGCCUUCAAAUUUACACGUAUUGUAGAGUAGGGUAUUUUAUUAGCAUCCAUGCGGCACACUUGCUAAGUUAAGCAUCUAAAAGCACACUACAAAGAUUUUCUGCUUCGUUAUCGUUUAUCGCAUACAUACCCUGCGAAAAAAACCUGAAAUAAUUUAGGUUGAUUUAAAGUUCAACACUACUAUACUAUACUAUACUAUAUAUAUGUGUAACUUCACCACAGGUAAAUAUCAACUCCUUACAUUAAAUUUAAGAUAUUUCGCAGUUUUAGAAAUAUAUAUAUGUAACAUGACGACUACUAGCGUAUGUACAUAAUAAGUACAUAUGUAUAUACACACAUAUCCAAAUUGUUAUAGACUUGAAGUGAACCAAUACAUACAGCAUACAAUUAUGUAUGUGACAGAUAUACUAAUACAUUUAUAUAUGUAUAAUACAAAAAAGAUGCUUUUAGAAUAUGCAGCGAAAAAAAUUAUUUAAAGAAAAAAUGUGUUUAUACAUUUAGCAGUUAUAUUGGUAGAUUGUUGUAAUGUGUAUGUAGUUGAUGAACUUGAAAAUUGUUGAAUUUGAAAACUAUGAAAAAUAUAAUAUUGUAAUAAUGAAAGUUUAUGUUAAAAUGCGUAUACGUAUUGCUGUUGUUGCUGAAAAUUAUAUAAAUUUUAUUGUUAUACAUAGGUCAUCUAUAGACACUAUAUAUACACAUGUGUUUGUAUGUGUAUUUAUGUAUAUUUACGCAAAGCAAAUGCAAUUUUUUUUUAUAUAUGUGCAUAUAAUAACCCUGCAGUAAAAAUAAACAAAACGGACCGCCAUCAGGUGGACGCAAGUGGGGCUUAAAGCAUGAAAAAUAUCUAAGUUGCUUAAUAACUCCUAAUUUAUGUUAAUUCCUCUAUUAAAACGUGGAAAGCGAACUUGUUAAUGAGCUAGCGGAAUGAAAACUCAAUGGCAGAUUGUUAUAUAAGUUGUUAUAUAAGUUCGUCAUGCAAAACUGUAAUUUAUCAUGUUAGAAUUACAUAACACAUAUAUAUGUAUAUAAUUUGUUCACCAGAGAUUUUUUAGUAAAACAAUUUACUAUGGGGAUAUUAUAGCCGUACUUUUUGUAAUCUACUCGCAAAGAGAAAACACCGGGUAAUAAAUUCAAAUACAACGCAAAUGAGAGAAUUAAAGAAUAUCUGAUUCGAAUCAAAGUGUUGUAAAGUAAAGCAAUUAAGCAAGAGCUAAUAUAUAAUCUGGAGAUUAGCCAGAACUAAAAGUUUUUGAAAUAUUCCCAGUUAUGUAUUAGUUAGAUAUUCGUUCGGCAAAUUGUCAACCGUAAAUGUAUAAAAUUUUCCAAAAAUUUUGUAACACCCAGAAGGAAACGUCGGAGAUCCUAUAAAAAAUAUAUAUAAAUGAGUAGCAUGAAAUCAAGUACUUGUAUGGAAAACUUUUUUAUUGGACAAGAUAUAUUCGCGAAAUUCGACAUGGAAUAUUGUCUAAA